AUGGCCGGUUCGGCCCCAGCAAAUGAGAACGAGCAGGGGCCAAUUACUAAGACAAAAGAAGAGACGGUAGGGAGUCCACCGUCACCAAAUCAACCACCUUACUCAGCGUUUUCCCCAGCCAGGAAGAAUUUCAUCCUUUCGAUAGUUGUUGCGAAGGGUUUCAUAGCCCCCGUUUCAGCGGGCAUCUAUAUGCCCUUGCUUCCCGUCCUGACAGAAGACCUAAACGUUUCUCUUACACUUGUCAACCUUACGGUGACAGUGUUUAUGAUUACUUUCGCAGUGGCGCCCUUACUCUUUGCAAGUAUCUCGGACUCAAGAGGCCGGAAGCCUGUGUUUGCUUUCGGUUUGUUAAUCGGUACUGCAACAAACAUUGCUCUCGCAUCAGCACCAGCGAACUAUGCAUCCUUCAUGGUAUUGCGUGUGCUCCAGGCAUUUGGGGGCUCUGCCAUGUACAGCCCCGGGGUGGGAACUGUCGCAGAUAUCUUUGAACCAAAGCAGCGUGGUCGAGCUAUUUCCUUUUACAGCCUUGGGCCGCAACUGGGGCCAAUUCUCGGUCCACUAAUUGGAGGUGUGAUUGCGCAGAGAUCCACUUGGAGAUGGACAUUUGCGUUUCUGGCUAUAUUUGGAGGAUUUUGUCUCCUGGUGUCUCUAUUCCUUCUCCCAGAGACAUUGAGGUCCAGGGUUGGGAACGGAGCCAUUCACUGUGGGAAGUCGUGGGUCCAAUGGCCAACUUUCAGUGCAAAAGUUGACCUUAAGCCUGAGGAAAUCAUUCCCCGGCGACCAAGGGGACGCAACAUACUUCUCUUUAUGAGACAUCCUAUUGUAAUGCUUUCCUGUAUUAAUGUUUCCAUCGUUUUCGGGAGCUAUUACUGCCUUUCAGUUGCUUUCCCCGCGGCCCUGAAGGAGCGAUAUGGUUUCAACCCUGCAGAAAUCGGUGUUGCGUAUCUCGCACCAGGGCUGAGUAUGAUAUGUGGAUCUGUCAGUUGUGGUCACUUGAGUGACUGGGCCCACAGGAAACACAUUGAAAAGACAGGGGGAGAAACGCCAGCACCCGAACGAAGGCUCCGCCUUCAGUUUAUAGGAACCGCACUGUUUCCGAUCGGAGUUCUAAUAUAUGGAUGGUUGGCAAACUUUAACAUUGGCGUCCCCGGCGUAAUCAUUGCAAUGGCCAUCUGUGGAUUUGCAUUUGCGUGGACGCUUACAACAAACACCACAUAUGUAACGCUUGUCCAGCCCGGGCAGGCAGCUACGCUGGUGGCAUUGAGUUCACUCCUGCGCAACCCAGCAGCGGCGAUUGGGGCGGCUGUUACUGACCCACUGAUUCGGGCUGAGGGGUUUGGAUGGUGCUUCACAGGAAUCGCAAUUUUUGACCUCUUGAGCACCGCCAUUGCACUCCUGAGCAUGGCAAAGGGACCUGCCUGGAGGGAACACUUUGAGCAGAAUCAGUCGCUCAACCUUGCACCAAACGACGCCGACAUAGUGAGCAACUACUGUACAACAACUGCAACAGUUACAGCUACAACGGCAGAUAAUACAACGACUCAGGGAUCGACUUCCUCGUCUCCCUAUUCUUCUUCCUCCUCUUCCUCCUCUUCCUCCUCAUCCCCUCUCUCUUCCUCAUCUCCGCCUCGCGAACCCACCUGGCAGUGGCUGGGGCCAUCGUUUGGAUCUGGCGCAUUGAGGUCAGCCAAAACCCAUUGGCCUGUUUUGUUUUUCAGCCUCUUACAAUAUGUCCCUUUUACCAAUGAGAUGUGGUGGCUCGACCUUUGUACUAAUUCUAGAGCAGACAGCUGCUCUCCGGAAGAGCUGCAUGGCCUUCUAAAAGCAAUGAAUUCUCUCAAUAUUCUUUCGUCCCACGUCAUCGGACAGCCAGCUCCAUCCAAUUCCCGUCCCCGCUCCCGUUCCCAGGGCCCUGUAAUCUCCGGAAGCCAUCGAAGUGUCCUUCCUUCAACCAGGUCAUAUAGUGUGGGAAAGCUGCACGACACAGAGUUAUAUAGCAACCAGGCCAAAGGAGAAUUCAUCGACGAUGCCCAGGGUAACGAGAAAUCCCCAGACCUGCCGGGUGCGGCAGACGAGAAAACUCCACUGUUACAGGAAUUACAGAGGGGCGAUAUCCUUCCAUCAAGCACGAAAUUACAAUUAAUUGCUCAACGUCUCGUUGAUGCCAUCGCCGAAACAUUAAAGAUUAUACUGUCAGCUCUCGCAACCCCAGGCAUCUACGUUGCUCGCGCUUUCAAAGAGGAUGGCGGAAGUUACUCGCUCUUAGCGCCGGCGAGGCGACUAGGACGAUAUAUCACAAGUCAAAACAAAGACACAACAGCGUCUCAGGCUAUGGGUGUUGCAGCGUCAGGACGGCUGAGCUAUCCCAAUACAGAGAAACCUUUGAAUGGGCGCGGGAGCAGUGUGAGACGGCUAAGGAGCUCCAAAACCCGGGAGUCAAUAUCCUCGAAUACUUCCGAGUCAGAACCUGACCGGCGAGCAACGAGAAACCCCAAUGAUGGGGACCGUGCUUCCAAGUCGAAGUCAAUCCGCGGUUCAUCCGGUGACGAAGGGAUCCCCAGGCGAUCCAUACGCAUAAAGUUGAACAACGAAGGGAAUUUGAAGCGGAAACAACAGAAAGAACGAAAUACAGGACCAGCGCAGGACACUGAGAGUCUUGCUGCUGAAAGCUUGAAAUCGCCCAUGUCCGCGUCCUCCCAUAAGCUCACGAAAUACCCACACGCCCCUUCUCCUCCGCGGCCGCUCAUCCCUCCACGUCAACCCUCAUAUACCUCCCCUUCGAAUCCUAGAUAUGGGCCGCAAGCUCAAAAAACCCUCGUCCUAGACCUUGACGAAACUCUUAUUCAUUCAUUGGCAAAAGGUGGUCGCAUGUCCAGCGGCCAUAUGGUGGAGGUCAAGUUGUCAACGCCUGUGACAACUUCAACCCCCGGAGGACCUACGACGAUAGGGCCUCAACAUCCCAUCCUUUACUACGUCCAUAAGCGCCCUCACUGUGACGAUUUUCUCCGUAAAGUAUGCAAAUGGUAUAAACUUGUUGUAUUUACCGCCAGUGUCCAAGAAUAUGCCGAUCCUGUCAUCGACUGGCUCGAGCAAGAACGCAAGUUCUUUCACCGUAGGUAUUACCGACAGCACUGUACGUUUCGGAACGGCGCCUACAUUAAAGACCUCAGCUCCGUUGAGCCUGAUUUGAGCAAGGUGAUGAUCUUGGAUAAUAGUCCCAUGAGCUAUAUUUUUCACGAAGAUAAUGCCAUUCCAAUUGAAGGUUGGAUCAACGACCCUACGGACAACGACCUCUUGCAUCUCAUCCCAAUUUUGGAAGCGAUGCAAUAUGUAACCGAUGUUCGGGCCCUCCUCGCUCUACGACGUGGAGAGGCAGAGACAUAG